GGGGCUCGAGGGCCGCUCGACCGGAAGCGGGGCCAUAGAGAGCGAGGCGGCCAGGAGGGCCGGCAGCGAUGCGGUACAACGAGCGGGAGCUGCUCUCGCUGUCGCGGCAGCCGGCCGAGAAGGCGGCCGAGGUCCUCAUGCGGGCCCCCAAGAAGGGGAGCGUACUGAAGAAACGCCUUGUAAAGCUGGUGGUGAAUUUCCUGUUUUAUUUCCGAACAGAUGAAGCUGAGCCCAUCGGAGCUUUGCUGUUGGAACACUGCCGAAUCCACCAGGAAGAAAGCAACGUUUUCUCUAUUGGUUUCCUCGAAGAACCCGACAGGAAGUACUACUUUGAGUGCGACACGGCCGAGCAGUGCCAGGAGUGGAUCGAGGUGCUGCGGAGAGCCAGCUACGAGUUCAUGCGAAGCAGCUUGGUCUUCUAUCGGAACGAGAUCCAGAAGAUGACGGGGAAGGAUCCUUUGGAACAAUACGGCAUCUCCGAAGAAGCUCGUUUCCAGCUGGGCGUAGGGAAGCUGUGAGCCCGGACCGUCGGCCAUGAGGACUGAACCGCCAAAGCCGCCUCGGGGGAAGGAGGUGGCCGCACGCUGGAUUUUAUCCAAGUGACCUUGACCUGAUGCUUUUUGCCUCCAAGCAGAGAAGGAUUUUGACUUUAAAAAAUUUAAUACUAGUUAAGGGAAUCUUGGAUCCAUGCACCUCUCUCUGACCUAUCUAGGUGCUCACUGGUGUUGCUUCCAGUCCUUGGUUUAAAAAAACAAAAAACCUACCUCGAUGUUACCAUUGCUAUAUGCUUUGAAUGACAAUUUUCAAACUGCAUUCUUGGAGGAACUAAUAGCUCCCAUAGACCCAACUGGGAGAUGCCUGCCGCUGCCCUGGCUGGUUCAACUUGCUCAGCUUUUUUGGGGGGUCGGGAAGUAACGAAUGGGGCAUUUGGUCAUUUCUAGCACAACACAGACGGAAGCUGCCAGUCACCUCUCUGCAUGAGUCUCUGUUCUCAAUUUGUGUUCACCUGGCUAAGAGAAUCGAGGAGUGAAUGUACCGGCAUUUGGUCAUUUCUAGUACAACACAGAUGGGAGACUCUACGCGAGUCUCUGUUCUCGAUUGUUGCUCACCUGGCUAAGGGAAUCGAGGAGUGAAUGCACCUCCUGGUUUGAGUCUGGGUCGCUCAGAAAUCUGGGACACGACCCAGUAACCCGGUGAGACACCCUCAUGCUUUAGCGUUUGAUGGCCCCCAGUCCUGUCAGCUUUUUGGACCAGAUUUGGAAGGCACGGUGGCGUUAAAGCAGAGAAGCACUGGUGCUUGGGUAGUCUGGGAUUUGCAGCUUGCCGUAUGAAGCACAGCCGAAUCUUCCCAGGGCCUGUGGCAGCAUUCCCUUAUUCCAAAGAGCACACAGUUCUCCUAUCCCUUCGAUCUUCUUGUUGAAUGUAUGUAACAGAUGCUGUGAAAUAUUUGCGGGCAUUCGGAACUCUCACCCGACCUUUUCGAAACAGGUGGCUGGCGAAAGCACUCAUGAAGCUGGGGGGGGGGGGGGAGGGGCGGGGGCGGGUCUUAGCACGGGUCUUCCGGGGGCCGCUGUCUCAGUGGCCCAUUGCUACUGCUGUUCUUUGGAGCAAGAAAGAAACCUAUAUGUACUAUUUUUUCCUCUCUCCAAUAAAAAUCUUCAGUUUAUUUUA